AUGGGAAUAUUUUUAACACUUUGUUUUCCUGUGCAGAAAUAUAAUACCAGUUUUCGCAGAAAUGUGUCUCAAUCUGUGACUACCAAAGCCCUCCUCAGUCCUUCCCUCAGAGGGACACAUUUGCUGUUUCUCCCGCAAGCAGAUGUUGUGGAUGAGGCGAUAGACUCCUUGGCAAGAACGAAAGGUGUGAUGAAACCUCCCUGCUCGGAAGGGUCUCCGUGGAGGUGUCCUCAUUUCACAUGCUGGGUUUUGCAAGCAAGGAAGCCAGGCAGUGGAGGAACUAGAGAGAGGCAGGCGUGUGUGUGGACAAGCGCUGGAGCCGCAGCCCUCAGACUGGCACGGGAACGCCAGCGUUGGGUGUUCAGAUUCCACGCGUAUGUCUGGGCUCACUCACAGCAUGGCCGAGUGUCUGCAGUGCUGGUCCUGACCCUUCCAGAGCAGCAGUGGACAGAUGAGAUAAGACUGUUUCAGAAACAAAGAUGGCCACAGCCUUCCUAA